AUGAUUCCACCAUCGGUCCCAGCUUCUUCCUCCUCCGCAACCUCAAACACCCAACACUCUCCACACACCGCCAGCUCCGGUCUAACAUCGCCUUCAGGAGUGACAGGUGAAGGGCUCAGCCCGCUUUCCUCCGGCGUAAACACCACCAGCUCCCAGAGCUCUCAGUACUACUCUGGCUCGUGGCCGACUCCCCAAGCCCACGGCUCUUAUCAACUCAGCUCGGGGACGCCUCAAAGCAUCGCUCAACAAUCCCCCUACGCCUCGAGGUCAAGCACCUACGAACAGCAAUCUCCGUUGGCUUACUCGAGAACCUCGCAGUCUCCAGCCACCGGCGGCGAAGGUCUCCCAGCACCCUCCUACAACAACAGCCACCAGCCUUUCCAGAAUGCCUAUUCUCAAGCAGGAGCAGGGUCUACUCCAGUUAGUCUGCCUUCCCAGGCGCCUCAAACGGCGCAACCCGGCAUCCUCAACUCCCAGACUCCGGUCUCAACGCAGCCUGCGACCCCUGGCGGUGUUCCUUCGCAUGUUGACUCGUAUAUGCAGUCCCGACCAUCAGCUCCACAGUCCUACUACGCCGCGUCCUCUGCUCCUCAGCAGCCUGGAUACCACAGCUACACGUCGCCAAACGCGCCUUCCCCGACGACUGCAGCUGGGCCGCCAAGGGGACUUGCUUCUCUUCAUAACCCCUCCGGCAUGGCUCCGCCUUACCAACGGUACACCUACAAUGUCUCCCCGAUGGGAGGACCCAUCAUGUCCAACCUCGGUGCACCAGGUCAUCAGAUGUCUCUGGUCCCGGGAAUGGGUGUUCCUACAUACGGGCAUCACUUGGGGGCUUCCAUGUACGGUGCCCAUGGCGGCCAGCCGAACCCUCAAACCGAGCGUCCGUUCAAGUGCGACCAAUGCCCGCAGUCUUUCAACAGAAACCACGAUCUGAAGAGGCAUAAGCGAAUCCACUUGGCCGUCAAGCCUUUUCCCUGUAACUUCUGCGACAAGAGCUUUUCGCGAAAGGAUGCUCUGAAGAGACACCGACUCGUCAAGGGCUGUGGAAACAAAGAGACAGAUGCUUCCAACGAGACCAACCGCCGUUCCCCCCCGGAUAACUCUGACGACGGAACCCCUCCAGUGAAGCGAGAGUGA